AUGGAUGUUCCCGGUGGCUUUGGCUACGGCUUCAUCGACUGCGAGGAGACGAAGCUUCGCUUUACCCGAGACGUCUACGUCCAUCGAAACCAAUUGGAGGGUUUACAGAUUGGUGACGAGGUGACAUUCACGCUCAUGCUGAACAGCAAAGGCGAGCCGCAGGCGCGCAAUGUCAUGAAACUGGAGGAUGCACUCCUGCUCAGCUCGGGGCAGGCAAUGCAGACACAGGAUCUUCAUCUUAUGGACGAAAAUCAGGCCCUGGCCGCCCGGGACCGGGAUGCCUUGCAGUGGAUUUUGUGGGGCAACUUUGCCGGCCAAAAGCGUGCUGCUGUGGCUGACAUCCACGUGCCGUUGCUGUGCGAUAUCACGCCGAAGGGUGAGCUCGUCGAGUUGGGCGUCGAUCCUGCGCAGCGCGAGAAAUGCUCACAGGGGGCGAAUCUCUCCGUCGACAGGAACCACAGGAUUGAGCCUAGAUCUGCCGACCAGACAUGGCCACCGGAGAUCACUAAGAAGCUGUGUGUCGCCCUCUAUCGUGACGUCGCACAGUGUGACAGGAAGCCCAACACAUGGGCAGAGGUAUGGCUCAGCUUUCAGGACACAACUUGCAAGAAGCUUGGGUUAAGCUCGGGUUUCUGCAGCCCCGAUAUGGCCAGCAAAGCUGACAACGAAGCCUGGCAGCGUCAGGUGUUGUCACACCUGCGUCAGCUCCUGGGUCAAGCGGAAAGCGAGCCAGCCGCGCCAACGGCGCCUUACGCAACCUGGCCAAAUCUUCGCGUCAUCCCACGACGCGAACUCGGCCAGAGCCCGUCAGCCCGUGGAGCCGAGGUAUGUGAUCGGAAGCUGAUUCAGAGCAACAUCCAUGAGCAUCUGGACUUGGCGGAGUUUGCCCUCAAGCGAAUCACCUGCGCCGUGAAAGCUUUGCAAGACCCGGAGCGGCUGAAUCGGCCCAUGUUGCUGCAAGAGUACACUGAAGAGAUGGCGGAAGAUGUCUGCCAAGAUCUUAGACAAUGGCUUGAACAGCAACCUGGCGUGUCAGGAGGAAAGAAGUCUCAAUUCGGACAGGGUUCCAGUUUCGUAGAAAGCGUUGUUCUCCCGGGUUGUACGUUCCUUGUUCUGUUGGUUCGCUGGUUGACUUGUGAACUGUAUCUUGCUCCUGUCGUUCGGUUCAGUGCUUGUGACCUGCAUUUCCCAUGCCAUUCUUCGCUAUCACAUUCCCCGGCCUCAUGCUGCGAUAUCUAA